UAGGACAUUUGCCAUUUUGUAGUCUUUCUUGCAGGGCACAAUUGCCCAAAGAGCGACUGUCCCUCACAAAUAGGGACAGGUGGUAACCCUAGCUAUUGUUAAUAUGCUUUGUAGUAAAGGUAUAAUGGAAUACAUUCUCUUGGUUACGAUAUCGGUGACGUCUUGUCUGCCCAUUGGAUACCGCUAACUAUACGCCCCAUUGUAGCAUGUACUUCUGACCUGGAGCAAUCACUAUAAAGAAAAGCUUUUGCGAAUUGCAUUUGUUGAAUACUGUUAUUUAUUUUGUUUCAUUCAGGUUAACAUGAACUUUGCAAGUGUUGCUGUAUUUCGGAAAAUUAGACCACCAGAUUUCGGCUGUAUGGUUAGAAUCACUGCUUGCAUCAGUCCGUAUAAUAACUUCAGCAGGUCAAUAAGUACUAGCAAGCUUCUUUGCAAACAGGAGGAUGUCUUUAAAGAUUUGGAGAAGGAGUUUGUAAAGUUUCGGCAGAAAGUAAAAGAUGUUCUUCCUGGCAGCAAUUGGACUCCCUUCCAUGUCACACCAGGACUGCCCCCUGAGCGGGCAGACAUUGUGAUUGUUGGAGGUGGUGUAAUGGGAUGGUCUAUUGCAUACUGGCUAAAGAAGAAAGAGAUGAUCCGAGAUGCAGUCCGUGUGGUUGUGGUGGAAAGAGAUCCAUCUUAUUCCAGAGCAUCAACAGUGUUGUCGGUGGGUGGAAUUCGCCAGCAGUUUUCCAUGCCAGAAAAUAUCCAGAUGUCUUUGUUUGGGUGCAGUUUUCUUCGAAACAUAAACGAGCACUUAGGAGUGGUCAAUGAAGAACCUGUUGACAUCCAGUACAAUCCCUGUGGCUACCUUUUUGUGGCUAAUGAAAGUGGAGCGACAAUUCUGGAGGAGAAUUACAGGAUUCAGAAAGAAGAAGGAGCAAAGGUUGUGCUUCUGACACCAACUAAGCUAAAGGAGAAAUUUCCAUGGGUGAAUACAGAUGGUGUGGCUUUGGCUUCAUAUGGGCUAGAGAAUGAAGGCUGGUUUGAUCCUUGGAGUUUACUUAAUGCUUUUCGCAGGAAAGCACUUUCUAUGGGGGUGUAUCAGUGUUUUGGAGAGGUCACUGGAUUCAAGUACUCCACAAGGGAAAUGGUCACAUCAGAUGGAGAACCAGUUGUAUUUAAACGAAUCCACCACGUGAAUGUGCAAAUGCCAGACAGCAAAGAAUACCAGCCUGUAGAGUGUGCUUUGGUUGUGAAUGCUGCGGGAGCUUGGUCUGGAAAGGUUGCAGAAAUGGCUGGCAUUGGGACUGGGCUUCCCAAUUCAGUAGAUGCGGUGAAACUUCCUGUGGAACCAAGGAAAAGGUUUGUCUAUGUGUUUCAUAGUCCUGAUGGUCCUGGACUGGACUGUCCGCUGCUCAUUGACUACACUGGUGUGUACUUCAGACGAGAAGGACUGGCAGGAAACUACAUUGCAGGACUUUCUCCAACUGAGGAAGAGGAACCAUCUAUCAGUAACUUGGAAGUAGAUUAUAAUUUCUUUCAUGAAAAGAUCUGGCCUGACCUAGCAUCACGAGUGCCUACAUUUGAAAACCUCAAGGUUAAGAGUGCCUGGGCUGGUUACUAUGAUUACAACACAUUUGAUCAGAAUGCUAUCAUUGGCCCACAUCCACUUGUUAACAAUAUGUACUUUGCUACUGGCUUCAGUGGACAUGGACUUCAGCAUUCUCCUGCCACUGGAAGGGCAGUGGCUGAACUCAUCUUGGACACCUGUUUCAAAACCAUUGACCUCAGUGCCUUUUCAUUUGGAAGGCUGUGCUAUGGGGAGAAAGCCCUUGAGAGGAAUAUUGUGUGAUAAGUACUGAAAUAUUAUGUGGCUGCUGAUUCCUUUGAAUUGGUGGUUCUUCAUUUAGGACUGACAAGCUGACCUGGAAAUGGUUAAGUAUGGGAAUGUCGUAUAUACUCAUAUCUAAGUGGUAUAGCUGACAUUUCAUUAUUCUAUAAUACUGCUGUAAUUGUCAGUGAUGAGAAGUGAUACUUGAGACAGUUCUAGUUUAUUUCAACUUACAAUGAUAUCCGAGUGAUCACAUGUAAAGCAGUAUAUUAAUUCAGAGUUGAGGACUGAUGAGACGGUAAUACUUUGAGACUGAGAAUUAAGUAUAUAUAUAUAUAUAUAUAUAUAUAUAUAUAUAUAUAUAUAUAUAUAUAUAUAUAUAUGUGCAGCUCCAAAUAAAUAUAGGUGCAGAUCAAUGUAGCCCUACAUGAUACUUGAAGAUAUUUGUUAACAAAAAGCUGCUGAUCAUCUUUAGCUAAAAGCCAUUGAUAAAUUGUUUAACAUAUACUGAGAAAAAUAUUUAAUUAAAAUGAUUCUUGGAUAUUUUAACAGGCAAGAGUGCCAACUACAUUUUAUAAUAACAUUCUUAUUUAUGCAUUUAGUCUGGAGCAGUUCUUUCUACCCUUCUGAGUUCUUGAAUGACUGAUAUGGAGAACAACUAUCCCCACUAUAAACACAUUACAUUAUACAACUGACAUUAUGAAAAAAUAUAAAUAUAUAAUAUGGGUAUAUAUGAUAUGAUCGACUUACCAUAAAUUUGACUUUAAAUUGAGAUCAAAAUUUUGAGAAUGCAUAACAUUGACAAAUGACAUUGUUUAUGGCUUCAUAAUAUCAAACAAGCAUAUAUAAACAUGAAACGCAUCACAUCCACCUGUAUGUCAGGCAGAACACCAAACAAUGGCAGACAUAAGGAUUUCUGUGCCCAGCAUCAUAGGUGAAUGUACAGAACAUACCUAUCACAAAAGGGAAAAGAAAUAUUAUUCAUUGACUGUUAAUGUUUUUCAUCUGGAGAGAAAAAAAUCGAGGAAGUAAUGGUCAUGCAGGCUUAAGUUAGCUGAGCGAUGUGUGGGACAUGCUGUCAUGAAGACAAUGGCUAACUGAGAGAGUUAAAAAAAAUUCACUGCCCACCAUCAUUGCAGUGAUCCUAAUGAUGUACAAAGGUAUGUAACAAGUCAAGAUUUAAAACGGAUGCUGCUUUGCAUGGAGGUAAGCCCUGUUUGUUAGCAGUUGAUGUGCUAGCAAGUAUAUCAACAGAAAGUAGCAUAGCAUUGCCAAGUUGGAAGACUAUGUUACAGCAAGUAACCAGAGGAUGGAAAUCAAAGUUUAUCACCAGUGUAGUGCAGGAUAAAUUUCUGAAUGGCACAGAUGUAGAGAACAUCCCACUGAAGGAAGGAUCUUUCCUUUGCAAAGAAGUGUCUGAGGCUACAAUUAGUAACCACAUUCUAAUGCUGUCUACUUUAGAGAAUACUAGUUAUAUGAGUACAGCUACUGUAUUGCUUAUGGAUGGAGCAUUUCUUGUGAAAGGACGUAUGCCGCCAGCUAUAUACUGUACAUGGAUUCUUGCACUAUCAUGGCACUACUAAAACUAUGCCAUUAAUUUGUUGUUUGAUGAGCAAAAAGUCCUUAAAGGCAUACAGUUACCUAUGACAAUGCAUGCUCAAGUUGUUAAUUAGUGUAAACCUAGCAUCUAGGGUAUAGUACAUGCUUUGCAACUUUGAGACAGCUGCUAUGAAGAGCAUUAAGUUGAACAUUAAUGGGGCUGUGCCUAAAGGUUGUCUAUUCCAUUUCAGGCGACAUUUCUGGUGAAAAGUUCAAAAUCUCUGACUGGCAUUGUGUUACUUUUCAAUUGUCAAUGAAAAAUGUGAUUUCAUUGGCAUUCUUGAAUGAACCAGAUGUAAUGGGUGCUUUUGAUACUUUACUUACAAGUUUUCCAAGAUAUUUUGAGGAAUGAUAUAUCCUCAGAAAACAAAGGGGAUUUGCAAUAUGUACUGUAAUCAGGUACUCUGUUUUCAUCAUUAUUUUCCAUCAACUUUGGAAUAUUGCCAUGCUGAAUCAAUCUGAUGCUGUCCUGUACUCAGAACUCUGUAGAGACGUGGCACAGGAGAAUCUUCUGCCUGUUGGGUAGGUGUAUCUCAGAUCUGACGUCUGUAAUGACAGCUCUUGUGAGAGAAGAAAAUAGAGUGGGAGAACUGCAUCUAUGUAUGUGUGCCAGGUGUCUCCCUCAAAAAAAGAGAGAUUUCCAGGAAAGGACUAACCAAUUCAUUGCUGAUUAGUCCACAGAUGACUACUUGAAGGCUAUAGCUGUGGUUUUAAAAAUGUAGAUGUUUGUCUGCCUCUUAAUGUACCACAUAUUACAUUUAAAUUCCCUUUUGAUUUGUUUCAGUGCAUGAUUUCACUUCUGCAGGUUGUGGUUUACAUUGCACACCUUCUAUGAGUUGGGAUACUGCUGAGUCAUUUUUCUCUCUUACUAACAUUAAACUGUUUCUUUCGUGUCACAGGAUUGGUAAUCACUACAUAAUGCUUAUGUUCACAGGGGAGGAUUUGUUUAGUUGCAUGCUGUAUGUGCACUGCUCUCUCACGUUCACAUAACUCUUUUUCAGUAUUAUGCUUCAAGCUGGUCAUUUGUUGAUGGUAUACAUUUCUGUAUGUUCUGGUCUUGAUAUAAUGAA